AUGGCAAUGUAUGGCACCCGAUUGGUCGAAAGGGGAAUCGAUCAGAAGAAAAGAUUUAGAUGCAGGUCCCCCAAACAUGUUGAUAACAGGUUGAACACAAACACCACCAAGCUAAAAACAUCGGACAACACAAACACCACCAAGCUAAAAACAUCGGACAACCCAAACACCACCAAGCUAAAAACAUCGGACAACACAAACACCACCAAGCUAAAAACAUCGGACAACACAAACACCACCAAGCUAAAAACAUCGGACAACACAAACACCACCAAGCUAAAAACAUCGGACAACACAAACACCACCAAGCUAAAAACAUCGGACAACACAAACACCACCAAGCUAAAAACAUCGGACAACACAAACACCACCAAGCUAAAAACAUCGGACAACACAAACACCACCAAGCUAAAAACAUCGGACAACACAAACACCACCAAGCUAAAAACAUCGGACAACACAAACACCACCAAGCUAAAAACAUCGGACAACACAAACACCACCAAGCUAAAAACAUCGGACAACACAAACACCACCAAGCUAAAAACAUCGGACAACCCAAACACCACCAAGCUAAAAACAUCGGACAACACAAACACCACCAAGCUAAAGACAUCGGACAACACAAACACCACCAAGCUAAAAACAUCGGACAACACAAACACCACCAAGCUAAAAACAUCGGACAACACAAACACCACCAAGCUAAAAACAUCGGACAACACAAACACCACCAAGCUAAAAACAUCGGACAACACAAACACCACCAAGCUAAAUACAUCGGACAACACAAACACCACCAAGCUAAAAACAUCGGACAACACAAACACCACCAAGCUAAAAACAUCGGACAACACAAACACCACCAAGCUAAAAACAUCGGACAACACAAACACCACCAAGCUAAAAACAUCGGACAACACAAACACCACCAAGCUAAAAACAUCGGACAACACAAACACCACCAAGCUAAAAACAUCGGACAACACAAACACCACCAAGCUAAAAACAUCGGACAACCCAAACACCACCAAGCUAAAAACAUCGGACAACACAAACACCACCAAGCUAAAGACAUCGGACAACACAAACACCACCAAGCUAAAAACAUCGGACAACACAAACACCACCAAGCUAAAAACAUCGGACAACACAAACACCACCAAGCUAAAAACAUCGGACAACACAAACACCACCAAGCUAAAGACAUCGGACAACACAAACACCACCAAGCUAAAGACAUCGGACAACACAAACACCACCAAGCUAAAGACAUCGGACAACACAAACACCACCAAGCUAAAAGCAUCGGACAACACAAACACCACCAAGCUAAAAGCAUCGGACAACACAAACACCACCAAGCUAAAGACAUCGGACAACACAAACACCACCAAGCUAAAGACAUCGGACAACACAAACACCACCAAGCUAAAGACAUCGGACAACACAAACACCACCAAGCUAAAGACAUCGGACAACACAAACACCACCAAGCUAAAAACAUCGGACAACACAAACACCACCAAGCUAAAAACAUCGGAAUUCAGCGGAACAAUCAAGCUUCAUAAGGAUCUCGGGAAAUGGCGAGGGGAGUCACGAGACGAUCUAAUCGUCGAUUCAUGUCAUGUUUGA